UUUCACUCGCACUCACUGCGGUGCGCAAUAAUGGACUGACGGAUCCGUUGAGACUACCUUAUGCUUAUUCUAAGUUGAGGCGUCGAAGCAACCGCAUCUGAUCCGAAGCUCGCUCUCCAUUUUAGGCGGCUUUCCAGGAAUUCAAGGCAUCCAGACCCCGGAAUCGGAGGACCAGAAUCCGCCAUGUCGUCCACGUCGAGUGUGAAGCUGGUUGUUUACGCCCUGGACGUACUUUGCUCCUUGCUGGCCUUGGUGCUGAUAUCGUUUGGCCUUUAUGUGGUGGUGUCCUACGAUCUGAACGAAGUCGGACAGCUAUCGGCGUACGCCUACGUGGCACUCGGAGUGGCUGCCCUGGUGGUGGUGCUUUGGGGAUACCUGUCCGCCUGGCGGGAGAAUGUGUGCUGCACAGUCACAUUCAUUGUUUUCCUCUGCCUGGUCAUUGUGGCCCAGUUCGCCGUCGUCUACUUGCUGUUUACCCAGGAGAAGUCGGUGGCCUCCAACCUGGCCAACUCUCUGGAGUCGACGUGGGAGGAGGAGCUGAACAAUCCCGGAGCCAUGUCGCUCUACCAAAACUGGUUCCAGUGCUGUGGUCGUGGCAGCCCUCAGGACUACAUAAUCAACGGACGCCUGCCUCCGGAUACCUGUUUCCAGAACCACGACAAGAGUAAGCCCGAGAACCUAAUCCGCACCGGCUGCCGGGUGGAGUUCGAGAACUACUGGAUGCACUUGAUCCACAUAUUCAACAUCCUGGCCAUCGUGCUCAUCGGACUCGAGCUCCUGCUGAGUGUCAUCUCCUGCCGCCUUUGCAACAGCAUUCGCAACGAUGCCCGUCGUUCGUACUUUUAGGACUAUAAAACACCACAUACUCAACUGGAGAUGCAGUCAACUUGUUAAAUUUGCAAAACAUUACUCUAUUACUCUAUUUUGAAAUGGCUUGGCAAGUCUUGGGUGCAAGACUGAAGGGAAAGUCUGCUGUUGAACUUUCGAAAUUGAAACUCUCUCGUUACCAGCACUUUAAUGAUGUUUAACCUUACUCACACACUGAUUUCUGUGAAAACACACAAAGCAACAACAACAACUCACGAAUAUUGUUAAGAAGGUAAAAUAGUUUUAUAUUAUUUAUUAAAAGAUAUUUCUAAAUAAAUGAGUCAAAACCCAGUCAAAAA